GUGAAAACAAGUUUAUUACCACCGUGUAACACUGAGACUGCAACUGAGCUAAAGAAUACUAAGCUAUGAGAAAUGAAAGGAGAAACUAUUUUUAAAACAUUGCCAAGUACACUACCAGUUAAGCAGGAAUAUGAUGUGGAUUUGCAGCCAGAUAUUUUAACUAAAACUUCAACUAGUGAGGACAUCAAAUCAGAUGAUUCAACAUUUACAAAUUCUGAGGACAUGAAACCAGAUGUAUCAACAGUCUCCUUUUUUGAUAACCAGGAUGAUUUAAAAGAUAUGACCAUCAACUCACUAUCUUCAUCUGCUGUUAUAGAAAAGUUAUCUGUUUUGGUUUAUAAUGAUUUAAAAGAGCUCAAGUCUAUAUGCAUUAAAUCCAUUGGUCUUUUAUCUUCAAAUGAUCAGUUAAUUCAUGAGAAUGGUAAGAUAUACAAGUGUGAUAUGUGUAAUCAAAGACUUGUGAGUUUGGAUCACAUUACACAGCAUAUAAAACUCCACACAGGAGAGACACAAACUGAGUCUAAUUUAUCUCUGCAUAGUAAAUGUCAUUUUCAAGAAGGACAUUAUGAAUGUGAUGUUAGCCAUAAAAUGUUUGUCAUGAAAACUAAUUUAAUUAAACAUACCAAAGUUCAUCCUGAACUUAAACAAAACAAAUGUGAUCUUUGUAAUACAAAAAUUAAUUUUACAGAUAAGACACAUAAAUGUUGUGAUUAUCCUGAAAUGUAUAGCAAAUUAUCAAAACAAAAAACAAUUAUCAAGAUGCAUAAUUUAACUGAAAAUAAGAAUGUUCAUUCAGGAUAUAAAAAACAUGAAUGCUGUAUCUGUCAUAAAAUGUUUGCCCGCAAGUUUGAUUUAAAUAUGCAUAUGGAACUUCAUCGCGGAGAGAAAAAUCAUCAGUGUGAUACUCAUUUAACUAGACACAGAAAAAUUCACUCUGUAAAGAAAAAAUAUGAAUGUGAUAUUUGUCAUAAAAAGUUUAUUCAGAGUGACCACUUAUCUAAGCAAAAUAAAACCCAUUCAUCUCAUAAACCAGACAAGUGCAAUGUUUGUCGAAGAAAAUUUGUUAGGAGGGACAGAUAA